GUCACUUUUCGGGUCAUCUACUCCCCAAAAACAGGCAUUUACGUUUCCAACGCCGAAUGCUCCAACAACAUCGUCUGGAACUUUGUUUGGAAGCACAACGCCAUCAAAGCCUCUGUUCGGUUCAACUGCUCAGGCUUCAUCAACGCCUUCGCUUUUUGGAACAACAAAUACCUCUACUCCUUCUGGAGGAUUGUUUGGAAAGACAGGCACUUCAACUACUACCACUUCAACUGCUGGAACUUUGUUUGGUGCUGCUCCAACCACUUCAACAGCUACUCCAAGUCUUUUCGGUGCUUCUACAACCGGUAAGCUACUCAAAAUUAUCGAUAUUUUCGGUCACUUCUACUUAGUUUAUACUAUUAGCUGUUGUGUGGUCUCGUUGAGAGAAAAGCUAGACAAUGAUAAGGAGGGGAAAUCGAUAAAUCAUAUUGAUCGAAGUAAUACAUUUUGGACCAAAAAAUUAUAUUCUAAAUUCCAGCAACAAAUGAAUGAAAAAAGAAAAUAGACUCAAUAUAUUUUUUGAUCUGACAAAUUAUUUGACCUACCAAGGUUCUACUUCUGUGAUUUGCGCUUAAUUUUUAUUCAAAAUUGUUAUUUCUCUCCUAUCGCUCUACUUCUCUCGUCGUCAUUGUGUUCGUUACCUUCACUUUUCUCUGUCGUGGUCGGUGUCGUGCGGAUUUCUUUGCCUGUUCUUCUAUCACCCGUGUUGCUCUUUGCUACUCGUUUUCUUCGUCUCGAGCGUCUGCAGAAAUGUUUGCCCGACGUGGGGGCAUCACCGGAAUCAAAGCAGAAGACAUGCCGAAGAAUCUUCCAAAUCUUCCCGAUUUACCUACGACAUCAGCAUCUCAAGCUCCAGCCCCAGCAACCCAGAAUGUUAGUUCACCAGCCCGUCGCAAUUUGUUUGGAGCACCCAAUGACGCUAACCGCACGCUUUUCACAAAUUCUCCGGCAUCUGGAACCACUUCUGGAACUUCAGGACUCUUCGGAACAUCAUCAACGACAUCUGGAGGUCUCGGCGGUAUUGGAUCCACACAACAAACUGCCAAAUCACCCGUUGCCACAAGAUUGGCAGCAUUCAAAUCAGGAACUUUGGGGGCUGGUAGUCUUUCUGGUAAUACUCCAACAUCUUUUGCCACACCAUCUGCGUUACCAGGAACUAAUGCCCCACAGUCAUCUUUUCUAUCACCGGCAAACAACUUGAAUGUGGCUCCAGCAGCUUAUCGUCCUCCCUACUCAACAUUUGGAGGAUCGACCCCAUUCGGAGCAGCGUCGACUGGAACAGCCGCGGGAUCAACGCUUUUUGGAUCGAGUACUGCAAAGCCAGCUACAGGCGGAUUUUUUGGUUCCAGCUCAGGGUCUACUCUUGGUGGUCUUGGAGCAACUCAACAACAACAACAGCCUGUUGUUCAGCAGCAACAAGUUAUUCAGCAGUAUCACCCAUUUGUGAAAGCUGUCGGAGAUCCAAAGCUCUUUGGAAAUGAUAAUGAUGGAGUUGUUGCUAAGUUGAAUCAAGUUGCUGCCGGUUUGGGUGUCGGAAAAGCUCCAUACAAAGAUGGAAAUCAGCUUCUAUCGUUUUCAAUGGAAGGAAACUUGUUUGAACGAUUUGUUGGAAUCGGAUACAAUCGUAUUUCGGAGCGAACCGACGAUGAGGGAUUUGUAACUUUGGUGCUGCGUCAUCCUAUUACAAACUUGAACACAGAAGAACGCCGUGACAAAAUUCUUGAAAUUAUCAAAGCUAUUCUUGGUGGCGGACCAAAUGUAGAAGUUCGAUAUGCUCCUGGUACUUCGAUGAGAACACUUUCUGAUGGAUGCACAGAAAUCUGUAUUAUCGCCAAAGAAGGCGGAUUUGUUGCAGGAGCUAUUAAACUUGCUCAAAUCCUCAAUGAUGCUCCAAAAAUGACCCAAUUAGAAUCGCAGUUGCAAGUGGAUAAAACAAGGGUUCUUCCUAAAGUUGGAAUGUCGAAAGCACAAAGAGAUAGAUAUUUGGAGACAGUUCCUGAUGGAAUCGAUGAGCGUAUUUGGAGACAAGCAAUCAAAGAAAACCCAGCUCCAAACAAACUUCUUCCUGUUCCAGUACGUGGAUGGGAAGCAUUAAGAGACAGACAGAAGGCUCAAGUUGGCGAGUCGAAACUAUUCCACGAGGCAAUUAAUGCAUUGGGAAAUCGUGUUGAAGAAGCUAAUCAUGAACAUGCAGAUGCAGUUGUUAAGAUGGAGAUUAUUCGUAAUCGCCAUAAAACUCUCUCGUACAGAAUUGUUCGUGUUAUGCUUGCACAAUGGAUUGUAUCAAGAUAUUCACGUCAAAUUGACACUGAUGAGGAUGUAAUUGAAGCUAAAGCUGAUACACUUCUUGCCCAAAUGAAUCGUCAUAAUCAAGUGAAGUUUUAUGUCGACAAAUUCUACGAGAUUUUGGAAUCAAAACCGGAUAAACUUCAAGAAUCAAUGUGGAAAAUGUUUGAUAUGACAAUUGAAGAUGAACACUAUGCUCGUAGAGUGCUUACCAAAUUUGUUAAUAUUUGCUCUGGCCUUUACGAGUCAACACAUCAACAAAUCGAAAGUCUUGAAGCUUGUAGAAGGGCUCUAGAAGGAUAAUUUAUUUUUUAGAAAAGAUUUUCUGAAAAUCUUUUUUUCAGAUUUUCUCGUAUUAAUUUAAAAAUUCGCUCAUUUCUUUUGUAUCAUCAUUAUUUUCUUUCAAACUCUGACAGGUUUCUGGUUAUUUCUGUUUCGACCUAAGAUGUGUGGCAGAAAAUUGUUUUUAAAACUUAUACAUAUUGAGCAAAAAAGCUCGCUUUUUUCUAUGUUCGCCUGUCAUCACGAGUACAUUUUUUCAUAAAAUAUGCCUCAUUCUUGGUUGUAACUGUUGAUCUGACCUCCUCAAAUUGUUAAUUGUCUUAUUUCACACACUGUUUAAUAGAUUGAAUUAAUUCAUCUCAAACUUCUAUCUAGAAUAAAUUUGAUCUCCAUUU